AUGAACGAGCGGCACCUCAUUAACAACGUCCUCAUCAAAUACUUCGUCGCGAGGAGGUACUCGAAGUGCAUGUACAAGAAAAGGGACGAUGCAGAUGGGGGGUUACUACGUCUGUACAAAUACGCCAAAUGGUACAAAGAAUUAAAAACGGUUGAGAGUUAUGGUGAGUUAAGUGAACGGUUGUAUGUUACCUACACGAGUGACAGACAUGUGAAGGUGCCUCGUGUGAAGGUGCCUCAUGUGAAGCAGAGGGUCAUUAAGCAAAAGGUUAUGAAAAAUUUUCAAAUGGUCUUCAGUGUCUGCUUCUUCUUAUUGGUGAUACUAUCAUGCAUUGCAUGUCUGUUGAUAUACAACAAUAACCAGCACGUCGAGUGUGUCCUUCCAUAUGGAGAGUGCCCAGUGAUUCUACACAAAGAUAUUGAAAAUUUUUUUGUAAAUGCAAGAAUGCAUGAACUGAGUAAGGAACGCAUACUGGAGGUGUACUCUGUGAUGAAGACAGAGCAGAGGAAGGGGUCGAGUAAGUCGGACGGGAAGGGGUCGAGUAAGUUGGACGGGAAGGGGUCGAGUAAGUUGGACGGGAAGGGGUCGAGUAAGUUGGACGGGAAGGGGUCGAGUAAGUUGGACGGGAAGGGGAAUGUCUCUCUCGGACGAACUGAUGGGAUGAUCUUGAAAAAGAAAAAAAAGUAUUCCCUUUUAAACUCAGAUAAUGUGAAGUGUAGCGAAUGCCAUGUUGUUUUCCACCUCGAGGGGAAGGAAACACUUGAGGAUAUUUUCCACUUUGAGGAAAUAAAUAAAUGCGAGAAAACGAUUGGGAGAGAGCACUGUGUUAAUGUGAAGGAUGGCGUCAUGUGGAACCGGCGCAUUCACCUGUACAAGCGGUACAGCGGGCCGAUAAAGAACGCGGACACGCUUGAGAAGGGGGCGGCGCGGGAGAAGGUCGUCCUGGACGACAAAGUGAAGUUCCUGCAUCCCUUCCUGAAGGACUACGUCCUGAACUUGGACUACUUCACCCUGCGGAGCGAAACAGGGCAAAAAAUCCCCGUAAAUGAAGAACCACUCAGGGGGGGAGAAACCCUGAAGGAGAAGAAUCGGCACAUCUGCCGCCCUGACUAUAGGGAGACGUUUGGGAAGAACACCUUUUACUGGCUAUGCCCUCAAUUUUACGAGGAGGACAGAGAGUCCCUUGAGUAUAGAAUUGCGCUCUCGAUCAUGCAGAUGGUGAAUAUGGAGGGAGCGGGGGAAGCGGACGCAAACAAGCACAUCCUUGAAAUGACCAAGUCGAGCGCAACGGCACGUCGGUACGACCACUUUGGGUUCAUCGAAGACAAGCUGGAGCUUCCCCUCAAGGUCGAAAUUUUUAGUCGCUUCCAACCGCAGGGCGGAGAAACUGAGAGAGUGGAGAUGCUCGAGAGGAUAUAUAAAGCCUUUUUCUGUAGAGGUCGGGGCGGGUCGUCCUCCUCCUCGGAGGGGCAGCACCGCCAGGAGAAGGAGAAGCAGGAGGAGAAGCAGAAGGAGAAGCAUAAGCAGAAGCAUCAUGGGUACUCCCACUCCGCCGCAUCUCACUCCACCGCUCCCCACUCCGCCGCUUCACAUCAGGAUGACGUGUCCAGAAUGGCGUUUUUCUUUCCAGAACAUGGGGGCGGGGGGAAGGAAGUACAGGAGACGGUACAGGGAGAGGUUGGACGAGAUACAUAUAACGAUCUAGGGAAGGAAAAUACAUCGGUUCAUAUAGAGAGUAGCUUGAUGAGUGAUGAGGAGGAAUAUCUCUCGCUGGAGGAUCUAUGUCGAGAAGACCACUGCGCUGAAAUGGAAAGCACGAGUGAUGCGAAGGAAACGUCAGUUGAAGAAGGAGAGGGACACAGUAGAAGGGUUCUGAUUAAAGAAAUGCCAACUUUUAGGAAAGACAAACGAAAGGAACAAGAUCCAAAAGGAUUGAAUAAAGAAUUAGUGAUUAUAUCUCCUUCCCUUUUUUUUGGAAUCAUGGAUGGCAUGUUAAGUAUUGUAAUUUUUUUUUUACUUCUUCUACUUGGGAUGAUCUGCGUGCUGGUAGCUAUUUAUAUUUGCCUGACCAUCGGAUAUGAUAUGUCAGUCAUUUUGAGAGGCCAGGAUGAUAUUGAGGAGAUGCCCCGUUACUUGAAUCGCCUUUCGAGGCAGCUCACUGGGGGUGGUGGCCGCUUCUCUGUUGGAGGUACCGAUGGGGAUUACUUUAGAAUCCAUCGCCUUGCGAGCGACCCGUUUUAG